UAUAUCGUGGAGAUGACGCUCAGCUUGAAAGGCCAGGAUCGAUUAAUUAAGAGAAUAUUGGAAACCUUCACAACAAUUGACUUAUCCUCCAAUAGAUUCACUGGGAAUAUUCCACCUUGUAUAGGAAAUCUUAAGAUUCUCAAAUACUUGAAUUUGUCCCACAAUACCCUCAUGGGACAUAUACCUUCGUCUCUUGGAAACUUAAGUGAAAUCGAAUCGUUGGACUUCUCAACAAAUAAAUUGGAUGGUGAAAUUCCAAAUGAAUUGACAAGGUUGACAUUUCUUGCGAAAUUAAACCUUUCAAUAAACAAUCUUGUUGGGAAAAUACCGCGAUCUAAUCAGUUCUCCACAUUUGAGAAUGAUUCAUACGUGGGAAACUUGGGAUUGUGUGGACUUCCGUUGAUAAGAAAAUGCAAAGAGGAUGAUGGGAAAUCGAUACAGCCUGCUGAAGAAGUAGAUGAUGAAAAUGAAUUUAUAGAUGGAUUUGGUUGGCGAUGUGUUGUGAUGGGAUAUGGAAGUGGAUUUAUAGUUGGAAUUGGAAUUGGUUAUAUGAUUAUAAGAAGUGGAAGGCCAAGAUGGUUAGUGGAAUUCUUUUUCGGGGUUGGUUAUAAAUAUAAGACGAAGAAGAAACGCAACCGGGCUGCACCAACAUGCAUGGGAACUUGAUUUGAAGCCAAAGAGAAUUGUGUGAUGUCUUGUGUUUGAUUUGGAACUACUGCUUCUGUUUGAGUUGUGUUUUCUAUUUAUUUUUACCUUUGUAAUUGCUACUUCUCGAUUUGCUUAGUAUCUUUAAUAAAUUUUGUGAAGUAUUGCUAAA